GAAAUACAUAAUUACAAGUCAUUAAGUUCGAGGAAAUGAUUGAGCGCAGCAGAUAUGAAUAGGUGCGACUCAUCAUAGAGCUCCAGUCGCCGCGUGACCGAUGUAAACGCUGGACAAACGUCAAAACCGUAAACGUAAAAGUAUUCACGAGGAAUUUAGGUAACAAUGGAGUCACAGAGUGUAUUGAUCAACACUGGAAAUAUACUGUCUUUCAAUGAGUUGAAGUUGAAAGUGGGUCAAAAUACCAACGAGGAGCUUGUUGAGGCGUUGAAGAUUACGUUGAGAGACUCGCAGGGUAAAAAUCAUGCUACGAACACGAUCAACGGAAAUGAGCCUGCAAGUCUGGAAGAUCGAAAGGAGUUGAAGAUCACUGUGAAGAUAUUCAUGCCCUCAGCAGAUCCAGACUUGUUGAAAAAUGCCAUAGAUCAAAUUUUCAAGGUCUUCGAUACAGACCGCAUCGAAACUCUGAUCCUCGCGUAUGGAGACGCUAAGAACACUGAGAGUGAACUGGAGCAGCUCCAGAAACUCUGGCCUAUCGUUGAGAAAUAUGUGAAUGCCGGGGAAAUCUGCCAUGUAGGAUUCAGCAAUGUUGAUACUGAUGUUUUUAUCAAACUGUACGAGUGGGCAACUGUUCGGCCAAGCAUUGUGCAAAUAAAUCUUGCCACUUGCUGUGUGGUUCCACCAGCCCUCCAAGCCUUUACGAAAGAGCACGACGUGCAGUUGUUGACACACAACGAUCCAUAUCAACUUCUGGGCAAAGACUCGUUGGCUGAUAUCUUCGGGCCCACUGCUAAACUUCAAUGGGUCAUUAAAUACCAAGUGCACGUUAAAUGUCGAGGUGUUUUAACUGUUAAAGGAUAUUUAGUACAAUAUGAAAAAUGAUAGGCAUUAAAUAACUGAAAUACUCUCAUUA